AUGGAUAUAUUAGAAGGAAACCCAUAUGCAAAAUUUCUGCGGAAACUAAAUGAUUUUCCAUCUCUUGAAGACUUCAAGAUCAUUAUAAAUAGAGAUGCUGCAGUAGAUCAACGUGUUUACAACUCGCCAACAGUGGAUCAGGUUGCAGCUGUCUGGGUAGAGGGAAAUAAUGAUAAUGUUCCGUAUGAGAGAGAAAUAGUUAUCCAUUCACACUCCAGCAAGAAUCAUCAAGUUAAGCACUAUUUUGGUUGUUAUGGUCCUUUACAUUAUCCUUUACUCUUUCCAGGCGGAGAUGUUGGAUGGCACCAAAAUAUUAAAAGAAGGGAUAAAAAUGAUAUUCACCGGUCAAAACAAGUAAAUACAAUAUCUCAAGUAACUCAGCAAACUUUUACAUCUGCAGAAGACAUAUUUAAACGAGAAAGAGAAGGUGUUAAAGCACCAAAGGCGGGAAGCGUCUCAUGUCGAGAAUAUUAUUGUUACAAGUUCCAGAUAAGAGACACUCGACAAUCUACUGUAUUAACAUCGGCAGGCCGGUUGUUCCAUCAAUAUGCUGUUGAUAUGUACAUAAAGCUUGAAACAACAAGACUUAAUUAUUUUAGAAAGAAACAAUCAGAAAUCAGAGCAGAGUUAUUCCAAGGCAUAGUCGAUAGUGUAGCUGCUGGAGAAGCAAAAGCAUGUCAAGUCGGAAAAAGAAUAGUGCUGCCAUCAUUAUUUAUUAGUGGUCCUAGAGAUAUGCGUCGUAGAUAUCUUGAUGCAAUGUCAUUAGUACAACAAUUUGGCAAACCAGAUAUUUUCAUCACAAUGACAUGCAAUCCUGAAUGGGAAGAAAUCACGGAGGAGCUACAUCCAGGACAGACACAUAAUGAUAGACCGGAUCUAACCUCAAGGAUAUUUAGAGGAAAAUUGCAAGACCUGAAAGAUCAGCUAUUUAAAAAGGAAAUCUUUGGAAAAGUUGCUGCCCAUGUUCAUGUCAUCGAGUUUCAAAAAAGAGGGUUGCCUCAUGCACACAUGUUGAUUAUUCUAAUGGGAAAACACAAAAUCGUCUCAUCAGAUCAUUAUGAUAAGUACGUAUCAGCAGAAAUUCCAAACCAGUAUGAAAAUCCAAUCCUAUAUGAACUGGUAAAAAAACAUAUGAUGCAUGGCCCUUGUGGAGAGUUAAAUACGAAGAAUGUUUGCAUGCAAAAUGGCGAGUGUAAAUAUCACUACCCUAGAGAGUUUUCUCCGAGAUCACUACAAGCGAAAGAUGCUUACCCAGUUUAUAAAAGGAGCAAAAAUAACAGAACAAUGUUGGUUCGAAACAAAAUCCUUAAUAAUCAAUGGGUGGUACCUUAUAAUCCCUAUUUGCUGACACGUUAUAACUGUCACAUCAAUGUUGAAAUAUGCUCAGGCAUAAAAGCAGUUAAAUACCUUUAUAAGUACAUAUAUAAAGGCCAUGAUAGAGUGGCAGUAGACAUUGAGUAUAAUGAAGGUGAAAAAGUUGUGAAUGAAAUCAAAAAUUUCCAAGAUGCAAGAUGGGUAUCAGCUCAGGAAGCUUUCUGGAGAAUAUAUGAAUUUCAUCUUAAUGAGAUAUUCCCGGCUGUCAUUAACUUACAACUUCACAUGCCAAAUCAUCAAUAUGUUUCUUAUUGGAAACAUCAAGACCUAUCGAAAUUGAUUCACUUGGAACAUGUCUCCAAGACGAUGCUUACAGAAUUUUUUACUAUGUGUAAAAAAAUUAAAGAAGGUAACAAGAAGAAACAUGAAAAGGACCAUGAAAAGGAGUUAUUAUAUGUGGAAUUUCCUGAAUAUUAUGUUUGGGAUUCAACAUCAAAAUCUUGA